UGGACAUGUUUUGUCUGCUAGCGGAAUCGCUUUUAGCUAUAUGUAUACGGGGAAAAUACAUAAACUGCCGCAAAACAUGGGGUGUAUUUUUUCCCACCUAGGCGUCACUGCUCAUCAGAAUGAAAACUUUGAAAUACCACCAAAAACAUACUCGUGGGAUAAACGUGAAAAAAUGAAUGUUCAAGAUUUUAUUAUCGAUGGCGUUAAAAACGAGACAGUUGGCCGACUACCUGGGGUUGUCAAUGGACAACAAAUGGUGAUACAGAAUUGUGAAAAUUGUAAUAUUUAUAUUUUUGACCAUACAAAUACUUUGACGAUUGAUGAUUGUACGGAGUGUAAUAUAUUUUUGGGACCAGUGAAAACGAGUGUGUUUAUAAGAGAUUGUAAAAACUGCAAUUUUGCAGUGGCUUGUCAACAAUUCAGAACGAGAGACUGUAGUCAAGUCAGUAUUUAUUUAUUUUGUGGUACACAACCCAUUAUUGAGUCAUCGACUGGUAUGAAAUUUGGGUGUCUUCAAUACAAUUAUCCAGAAUUUAAGGACCAAUUUAAAGCAGCAGGCCUAAGUAUUUACAAUAAUAAUUGGAGCAAUAUUCAUGAUUUCACACCAGUACCAGGUGAAAAUAAUUUUGGGUUAUUGACAGAAGAUUUAAUUGUUGAUUGUUCGCUCAUACCCACGACAGAACAAUUUUCGACUGUGGAAGUUACAUCGGAUAAACAUACAAGUCUGGUUCCAUAUACAUCUGGUAGUCGCAGGAAAACGUCUGACGAGUCCUGCCUUGUCGUCUUUUUCAAAGAUGACGCAUCAAAUAAGCGGGCCGAAAUAUUUACAGAAUCUCUGAUUAGAAAUGGUUCUUUUAUUCUUGCCCAAACCAAAGAGGUUCCAAUGCAAGCAGGAGAUGCUCAAAGAGUUUUUGGAUCUGAGGUAUAUUCUAAUGCCGUUGGAAAAGGUGCAGUUAUAGGUUUAGAAAUAAAUGGAACAGGGUGUAUAAAGUUUUGUCAAGAUGUCAUAGCAGAUUUAUUAAAGGACAGUCCAGGUGUGGUAUUUGUCAGUCAGAAUCAAGCUGCGGCCACUCAAAAUAUUGAUAACUUUUAUAACUUUGCAAACAUGCAAAUGGAAAUUUGAGAAGUGGCGAGUUGACUUUUAGCACACAAAUUUUUGCUUAUUGUUGGCUUCCUGUCGUUUUAUAAAAUUAUCCUACCACAAUUACUGGUUUAAUUAUUAAAGGGGCAUUAUGUAAGAUUAGAUAAAAAGCUGACAGUUUAAUAAAAGUUAAAAAAUAGAUAAUGAAAAUGGAAUAUGUUGAACAUUUCAUUCAAAUUACAUGUACUUCAGUCUGAGCUGAGUUAUCGCUGUUAGAAGAACAGUAUAACCUCAAUUGUCUUUGCUACCAUUGUUAAGGUGAUAAACAAAGUCUGGAUUAUUCAUUUUUAAAUUAAAUCAUUAAAUGGCAGAACCAUUCUAAUCUACUUAAAAUCGGAGCCAUCCGAUGGCAUCAAGAGUUGAUUAUGGUGAAUGGUCUUGUCAUGUGAAGAUAUGCCUAAUUAAUAAUUUAUAUAUUUAAGGCCUAAAGAAAGACCUGCAAUAGGCAGAUUUAGCUCUUGCAUAAUGCCUGUUUAAUUGCCAUUCCUGCAUUAGUUGUUCAUUUAUCCCAUGGUGUUACCACCAUACAAGAUUUAUUCACAGCACGCAUCUCUUCUCUUCAGUUUGUGUGUGACCGCAAUCAACCAUCCAUAACCCUAACCAGAGCCAUAUUAACAUCAUUAUAGGCCCCUGGAUCAAAGCAGUGCACUGGGCCCCCUACCUACACAAUCACUCACAGGAAUAAAACUGUAAAUGGUUGAUAAAAUUAAACAUAUAUUUAUUGUAUUGGUAUUAUAGUUUAGUAUAUUAUGUAUUUAUUGACAGUAAGUCACAACAUACAUGAUUAACAUGGGUCCCCUUAUGCUUGUGGGGGCCCCUUGGCACGCUUUGACAACAACUUACUUGACGAAGCUCACGGGAAACCAAAAGGUUUUCCAAGAUGAGUCGAACUUGGUUUUUUUCAAGUCACCCAUUGAUAUUAAGAUAUUAGUAUAGAAAUCGUAUAGUAGAUAAUUGUAUGUCUGGUCAACAGUAGAUAUGGAGAAUGACUUUUUGUUGAAAGAUAUUCUAGGUACAAGUGUCAAUAUAUUCAAUCCAGCAUUGAAUUGGCUUAACCCUCUAAAUGGGUUGUGGUCAAUUUGAUCUCUGAAGCAAAAUUAGAACCAUCAAAUGACACAAGGGAGAUAAAUCCAUUUAAUGUGCACCCUUGUAAAAUGAGCUAGGACUUGAAUACAAGUUCUAGCAAUAAGCACACUUUUAUCCCUUUAUUUAUCAUCAAAUAUUAAAAACGGAAAAAACUACAACAAACAAAAGAUCUGAAUAGUUUUAUAUUUCAUCUGUUUAAAAUUACAUUCAUUAGCUAUUAAUAAUUCUAUGGUCAAUAUCAUGUACAUUACACAUUAGGCCAAGAAAAGAAAAUACAUGUGUUUAUUUUAAA